AGCUGCGCCAGGGAAGGUUCAGGCUGGCCGUUAGGAAAUACUACUACUCUGAAAGGGUGGUCAGGCACUGGAAUGGGCUGCCCACAGUGGUGGUGGAGCCAUCGACUCUGGUGGUGUUCAAAGAGCGUUAGGAUGUUGUGUUGAGGGACAUGGUUUAGCGAGAACCAUUGGUGAAGGGCUAAUGGUUGGACUGGAUGAUCCUGUGGGUCUUUUCCAACCUUAGAGAUUCUAUAAUUGUAUGAUUCUGUGAUCUCCUCCUGAUGCUCUGCACACCAGCCGAGCAGAGCAGCGGCGCUUCCCCAUGGGCGGAGGGGCACGCGUCACAGUGAGAGCAUUGUGAUGCAAUCACCCUGCAGAGUAGCAGAAGCACCGCUCCCUGGGCACAGAGAGCACUUGGUGCUGAGCACCGGCACUGCGAGGAGGUGGGAGAGAUUGGGAGAGGAGACUGAAGGCAGAGAGUGCCCCCGGUGCCCUCCCAGCCCACAGCGUGGUCAAGGACUGUUGCGAAUCCAUCUGCAGCUGUGCUCACUGAGUGGUGAAGCCAUGGCAGAGAAGAACACCUGUGAAAAACUGAUGGAAGACAACGCUGAGUCAGGCGCACUGCUGCAGGAGCUCAUGGAGUGUAAGAAGAGGUCUGCGGAGCUGGCAGCUGUUCUCCGAGAGCAGACCAAAGUCCGUGAGGCACUGAAGGAGGACGUGGAGAUGGAGAUGAAAAAACUCCAGAAGGCACAACGGAGGGUCGAAAAGCGCACUGCCCCCAGGAGGAAGAUGACACGCAGGGAAGCGCACAUGAGUUCCCUGAUGCAGGAGGCAGUGGCAGUGCGAUUGGUAAGGGAGAAAGCCCCACCGGGGCCUUGGGGAGGGAAGGCUCACCUCCGGGCCACCGCAGGGGAUAUGGGCCUCCCUCUGGUUGUGGGGACGAAGGAGGGCUUCCGAGUGCCCAAACCUGCGCUCACCCCAACGCGUGGCCCUGCUUUGCUUUGUCCUCUAGGAUGAGCAGACAGCAGCACAGAAGCAUCCAC